UAUGCCAUUGAAAAUGCAAUGGUAUUUUGAAAAUAUGGAGCUUGUUUAAAAUGUUUCUCCUGAUAAUUGCCUUUUUAUUUGUGAUGAAAUAUAAAUGAUAACAACAAUACUGACAAAAUAGCAAUAAUGGACACUGGCUCUAUAAUAUACAUAACAUGUGAAACAGUAAUUGCUGUAAUGUCUAUAGUUGGUAACUUUCUCGUAUUGUUAGCAAUUCGUCGCAAUCAAAAGCUACAGACCACAACUAACUGCUUUAUUGGAAGUCUUGCUGUUGCUGAUUUACUUGUAGGAUUUCUGGCGGCACCACUGGCAGUUCUCAGUUUUAAAGGCUUACCACAUCAUUUCAGUGGUUGUGUACUCGUCAACUCCUGUAUUGUUUUGCUGACUCAAUGUUCCAUAAAUGGACUUCUUGUCAUCGCAAUAGAUCGCUUUGUUGCCAUUAACUAUCCCUUUACAUAUGAAAAAUAUUUCACAAUUAAAUUUUCUCUCAUGCUGGUUGUCAUAAGCUGGACUGUAGCUUUGAUUAUUGGACUCGUGCCAAUCAUGGGAUGGAACAUGGGACCGUCCGAGGAAAAAUUUUGCAGCUUCAUGAGCGUCAUUGACUUACAGUAUAUGGUCUAUUUCAACUUUUUGGGCUGUGUUUUAUUCCCGUUGAUUGUCAUGUUAGUGAUCUAUGUACACAUCUUUAAAAUAGUCAUGGCGCAACUAAAACAAAUAUCAGCGAUGCAGCCCAAUGUUGGCGGUGACAGCAGAAAAAAAUUUGCUCGAAGAAAACUAUAUAAAGAAAUAAAAGCAGCCAAAAGCCUCGUGAUAAUAAUUUGCUUAUUUGUCGUUUGCUGGUUCCCCAUUCACAUAUCAAAUUGCAUUAUGUUGCUGAAAGGAACCGAAAUCUUACUACCGCAUAAUGUUUUACUUGCCGCUAUUCUUCUCAGUCACGCAAAUUCGUUUAUAAACCCUUGUUUAUAUGCAUACGGCAAUUCACAAUACAAGUACACGAUUCGCGGAUUUUUUUGUCGAAAUACUGUGGCCGCGGCAGAUGAUCUCACUUUGUCACAUCGCCAUUAUCCGCUUAAUUCUUCAGUGCCAGAGUGUUUGGACAAGCAAAAACCGGUUCGAAUUUCUGUUAUAUCAAAACCAGAACUUAAAGAUUAAUUGAAAAUGAUCAUGAAAAAUUGAUUUUAAACAACAGUAAUUGUAAUAUGAAAAAAAAAAGAAAAAAGAAAACAAUGAUUACGGUAAUUUUUUUAAAGGAAAUGAACAAGAUUUAUAAAAAGGUUUAUUAUACCUUCACUUUUCUGUUUCCAUCUAUACACCAUUUCCAGAGUCUCAGAAGACGUUCCGGUGUUUCAUAUAUUUGAAAUCAGAAAGUGAACUAAGAAGUGGGGGAAGGGGGUAAAGAACGUAAAUUCAAGCAAAAUGUUUCUCUGUCGUUAUCUAUUCCGUAACUGUAAAUGCUUGUGAAAAAAAAAAUGAAAAAGAAACCAAGAAAAAAUUGGGAAGCCAAUAAGUUGAGCAUUUGAUAAAGACAGCAACAAUAAAAAA